AUGAGGCAAUUCGGAGCUGUUUGGGCCCUUAUAGAGCAGAUGAGGAUAGAAAACCCUCAACUUUUAUCCCCAGAGGUAUUUAUUAUUCUCAUGAGGAGAUUUGCAUCCACAAGAAUGGUGAAAAAGGCAAUCGAGGUUUUGGACGAGAUGCCAAAGUACGGCUGUGAGCCUGACGAAUACGUGUUCGGGUGCCUUUUUGACGCCCUUUGCAAGAAUGGCAGCGUAAAAGAAGCCUCUCUGCUUUUCGAGGACAUGAGGGAGAGAUUCGAGCCGACCAUAAAGCAGUUCACUUCCUUACUGUAUGGUUGGUGUAAGGCGGGAAAGUUGAUGGAGGCGAAAGUCGUGCUGGUGAGAAUGCGCGAGGCUGGCUUUGAGCCUGAUGUUGUUGUUUACAACAAUUUGCUCCUUGGGUACUCGACAGCUGGCAAAAUGACAGACGCUUUUCAUCUUAUGCAAGAAAUGAGGAAAAAUGGUUACGAGCCGAAUGCGGGCUCGUACACUAUCGUGGUCCAAGGGCUGUGCGCUCAAGAGAAGAUUGAGGAAGCUAUGAGGAUUUUUUCAGAAAUGGAAAAGAAUGGUUGCGAAGCUGACAUCAUCACGUACAGUACACUGAUAAGCGGGUUUUGUAAGUGGGGUAAGAUUCAGAGGGCUUACGAGUAUUUAGACGAGAUGAUACGAAAAGGGCACACGCCCAGCCCAUUGACAUAUCUAUACUUCAUGUUAGCUCACGAGAGAAAGGAAGAAUUAGAAGAGUGCUUAGAACUCAUAAAAGAGAUGCGGAAUAUCGGUGGUGUGAACGCAUGGACGAUUUGGAUUCACGCGCUGUUUUCGAACGGGCACGUGAAGGAGGCAUGCUCUUAUUGUCUGGAUAUGAUGGAUGCUGGGCUUAUGCCUCAGCCGGACACGUUUGCUAAGCUCAUGCGCGGUUUACGAAAGCUUUAUAACAGACAAAUAGCGGCGGAGAUCACUGAGAAGGUGAGGAAGAUGGCCAAGGAUAGGAAUGUGACAUUCAAGAUGUAUAAAAGAAGGGGUGAGAGGGAUUUGAGAGAGAAAGAUAAGACGAAGGACGACGGGAGAAAGAGAAGGGCCCGUAAAAGGAGGUGGGGAAGUAGAAAAAUGGUCGAGAGGGGUCUUUUCUCCGUCCCACAAUACGGUGUUUUAAAAGACUUGUUGAAUUCUCUUUUACGAGCGGACAAUAAGCUUCAGCUGGCUAAGGAUUUGUGGAGUUGUAUUUUGAAUAAAGGGUGUGAACUUAAUGUGUACGCAUGGACGAUUUGGAUUCACGCGCUGUUUUCGAACGGGCACGUGAAGGAGGCAUGCUCUUAUUGUCUGGAUAUGAUGGAUGCUGGGCUUAUGCCUCAGCCGGACACGUUUGCUAAGCUCAUGCGCGGUUUACGAAAGCUUUAUAACAGACAAAUAGCGGCGGAGAUCACUGAGAAGGUGAGGAAGAUGGCCAAGGAUAGGAAUGUGACAUUCAAGAUGUAUAAAAGAAGGGGUGAGAGGGAUUUGAGAGAGAAAGAUAAGGCGAAGGACGACGGGAGAAAGAGAAGGGCCCGUAAAAGGAGGUGGGGAAGUAGAAGUAGAAAGGCUGACAGCUUUUGA